GAUUUUCAAGUUCAUGUGCAAAAUAAAUUUAUUUUUCUGAAUUUGCAGAGAGAAAGCAUCGAUAUGGCAAACCAAUCAACCCAGGAGGUUAUUGAAGAACUGAAGAAGCUUCUCAGUGAAAAAGGAGACCUAGGCUGUGAGGUUCAGGGGAAAAUUGAAAGGCUGAUUGCUGAGUUGAAAUGGCCAGGGCCAGUAGGCCCUCAUUUUGUUGAUCCAGUAGUUAAGAGGAUUUUCGAUGGUUUCAACCGCUUCAAGACCUGUAACUUUGACAAGAAUCCAGAACUUUUUGCAGAACUGGCAAAAGGACAGCACCCCAAGUUUCUGGUAUUUGCCUGCUCGGACUCUCGGGUGAGCCCCUCUCAUAUCCUGGAUUUCCAACCUGGGGAAGCCUUCAUGGCCCGCAAUAUUGCCAACAUGGUCCCUGCAUUUGACAAGGUUAGAUACUCUGGAGUCGGUGCUAUCAUUGAAUAUGCUGUUGGUAGUCUUGAGGUAAGAAACAUCCUGGUUAUUGGACAUAGCAAGUGUGGUGGGAUACGAAGGCUCAUGACUCACCCAGAGGAUGGUUCUAAUGAAUUUGACUUCAUUGAUGAUUGGGUCAGAAUUGGUUUAUCAGCAAAGAAAAAGGUCCUGAGUGAGAACCCAAACCUGUCACUAGACGAACAAUGCGAACUGUGUGAAAAGGAAUCGGUGAGGAACUCGGCGAGGAACCUAUGGAGUUAUCCAUAUGUGAAGAAGGCAGUGCUGGAUGGAAAUCUGAAAUUGUGGGGAGGUUAUUAUGACUUUGUCCAUGGGAAGUUUGAGAUUCUGGAGGAUGCACAAGCCCUUCCUGUUGUACCGUUCUGAUUCUCAAGAUGAGAAUUGAAGAAUAAGCAUUACUAUUGUGUUUACUUCCUUCUUCUUGUUCAGGAAUAAAACAGAGCUGCUAAGUUCUGAGCUUGCUAUUUUAUGACUUUUUUUCCUUUUUGGUCAAGAAUAAGUUGUAUAACAUGAAAUGUUUAGGUCCAUGACUCUAUGUUGGAUCAUUAAUGAUGAAAUGUGAAAUAUGUGGGAUGAUAUUAUGAGCAAUCCUUUCUUGCCAAAUUUCCAGUUGAUCUAUUGU